UCGGAUUCAUAUCACUUCUUUGAAAUCAAUGUUGUGGAAUCACUGUGGACUCUGAUUUGUGGAUUAUAAACGGACUGUGUUGCUUCACUGUGGAAAAAAGAUCGAGUAGAACAAUGAAUCGGCAAGUACUGUUGUUUAUUUCCCUCCUGUCGUUCAACGCAGUGAUCGCGCAGGUCAGCUACUCUAUUCCAGAGGAAAUGUCUAAAGGAUCUCUCGUGGGAAACAUAGCGCAGGAUUUAGGUUUGGAAAUUAAACGUUUGGUAUCCGGAAAAGCAAAAAUCUUCACGAGAAACAGCGACGAGUACAUCGAGCUGAACAGAGAAAGGGGAGUCCUCCUCGUUAAGAAAAGGAUCGACAGAGAGGCGCUGUGUACAGAGACGGCGCUUUGUGCUUUACAUUUCCAGAUCAUUUUAGAGAAUCCGAUGGAGUUUUACACGGUGACUUUACAGAUUACUGAUGUUAACGACAAUGCACCUACAUUUGAGAAAGGUGAAAUGAAAUUCAAAAUUAGCGAAGCAGCUGCAAUCGGCGCAAAAUUUGUUCUGGAAAGAGCUGUCGACCUGGAUGUAGGAUUAAAUGGAGUUCAAAAAUACGAAUUGAAACCUACAGACAACUUUGAUUUGCAAAUGCACAACAAUGCAGAUGGAAAUAAGAACGUGGAGAUGGUGUUAAAGAAGCCUUUAGACAGAGAGAAACAGGAGCAGAUAUCUCUCGUGUUAACAGCGGUAGAUGGAGGAGAACCGCAAAUGUCAGGAACAAUGCUGAUCGUUAUUACGGUUUUGGACGCGAAUGAUAACGCUCCUGUCUUUACACAGCAAACAUACAAAGCUACUGUUAUUGAGAAUUCACCUAAAGGUACAGUUGUUGCUACUGUAACAGCCUCAGAUGCAGAUCAAGGCUUUAACAGCGAGCUCACCUUUUCAAUCACAAAUACAUUAGAAAAUGUGAGGAAGAUUUUUGACAUAAACACAGAUAGUGGGGAGGUUUUUGUGAUUGGAAACAUUGACUUCGAAAAGUCUAAGCUUUUUCAAAUUAAUGUAGUUGCCAGUGACAACGGAGGAUUCACAGACACAUGUAAGGUAAUAAUUGAUGUUCAAGAUGUUAAUGACAAUACACCCGAAAUUAACAUAAUGUCAAAAUCAAAUGUAAUAUCAGAAAAUGCCCCAGUUAGCACAGUUGUUACUAUGAUAAAUAUUGUAGACCUGGACUCAGGAGAAAAUGGAAUUGUAAAGUGUUUCAUUAAUGAAAACAUACCAUUCAUUUUAAAAUCAUCAACAGAUAGUUUCUGUAGUUUAGUGACAGACAGUGAGCUCGACCGAGAAAGAGCUUCUGAGUAUAACAUCACAGUGACCUGCUCUGAUGAGGGAGUGCCCUCCCUCUCCACCAGCGUCACUCUCACCUUACAGAUCUCUGAUGUGAAUGAUAACGCACCUGUCUUUGAGAAGAGCUCAUAUGAAGCCUGCAUUGUAGAAAACAACACACCAGGCCUCUCUAUAUUCACAGUGAAAGCCGCAGAUGCUGACUGGAACCAGAAUGCCCGUGUUUCUUACAGACUGGAGGACUCCUCUGUUAACGGAGUGCCAGUCUCCUCAUAUGUGUCCGUCAGUGCAGAUAGUGGAGUCAUCCAUGCAGUGCGCUCUUUUGACUACGAGCAGAUCAAAGAUUUCCAGUUUCUUGUCAAAGCUCAGGAUGGAGGCUCUCCUCCACUCAGCAGCAACGUGACAGUGAAAAUCCUGAUCCAGGACCAGAACGACAACCCCCCUCAGGUCCUGUACCCAGUGCAGACUGGUGGCUCAGUGGUGGCUGAGAUGGUGCCUCGUUCAGCAGAUGUGGGAUAUCUGGUGACCAAAGUGGUGGCUGUUGAUGUGGACUCUGGACAGAAUGCCUGGCUCUCAUAUAAACUCCAGAAAGCCACAGACAGAGCGCUGUUUGAAGUUGGAUUGCAGAAUGGAGAAAUCAGAACUAUCCGCCAAGUCAAUGAUAAAGACGCAGUCAAACAACGACUGACUGUCAUAGUGGAGGACAACGGACAGCCCUCUCGUUCAGCUACAGUCAUUGUGAACGUGGCGGUGGCGGACAGCUUCCCUGAAGUACUUUCAGAGUUCACAGACCUGAUCCACGACAAGGAGUACAAUGACAACCUGACUUUUUACUUGGUGUUGGCUCUGGCUGUAGUCUCCUUCCUGUUCAUCACCUGUGUGGUGGUGAUUAUCUCAGUGAAAAUCUACAGAUGGAGACAGUCCCGCAUCAUGUAUCAGUCCAACCUGCCUGUGAUUCCAUAUUAUCCUCCACGUUACUCAGACACUUUGGGGACAGGGACUCUCCAACAUGUGUACAACUACGAGGUGUGCAGGACGACUGACUCCAGAAAGAGUGACUGUAAGUUCGGCAGAGCUGGUAGUCAGAACGUGCUGAUCAUGGACCCCAGUUCAACAGGGACGAUGCAGCGGAUACAGAGUGAGAAGAGCAUCCUGGAUGAACCUGACUCUCCUAUAGAGGUUAGACUGCUUUUACAUUCAUCUUGUCCUUAG